CUGACAAGUGCCAGGAAGCGCAUAGAAAGUCUGGUGCUGGUUACUUCUUUACGGCUGGCGCUACAACCGUUAGUGCUAAGGACCAUUUGUGUAGAGUGCUGGCUGAAGGAUCUAGUAUUUCAGAAUAUUAUUUUGGUGAGGAGAAAUUUGCUUAAGCGGAGUUGCCCGCCAUCCUUACUGGCGGCCGGAGGCCACGCAACUCAUCACACACUUCUCACCAACCACCAUCCAGCAGCCACCAGUCACCGGCCGCAAUGGAUGUGGGCAAGAAGCGAACCCGCGACAACCCACGCAAGACGGCCAACCCUCUGUCCGUGCUCUUCUUCUCAUACACUCUGCCGCUUUUCAGAGAGGGUUACUCGAAGGAUCUGACUGUGGACGAUCUCUUCGAACCCCUUGACGACGAUACAUCUGCCCGUCUGGGGGACCAACUUGAAAAACAAUGGGAGAAACAACUCAAGAGGAAGAAACCUAGCCUCAUAAAUGCAAUGGCAAGGACCUUUGGCUUGGAUUGCAUCAGAUUGGGAUGUCUUGUAUUUCUCUACGAUGUAGUCUUGAGGAUGGUGCAGCCGUUGCUGCUGGGCUACCUGCUGCAGUACUUCUCGACUCCGCGCACCAUGUCGCGCGAGGAGGCGAUGCUGUACGCCGCCGCCAUCGUCAUCGUCACGGCGAUCAGCACCCUCACCGUCAACCACUUCAUGCUGGGCGUCCUCUCGACCGGAAUGCGCAUGCGCGUAGCCUGCUGCUCUCUCGUCUACCGUAAGUCCCUGCGGCUGACCCGCACAGCGCUGGGGGAGACGGCAGCUGGGCAAGUGGUGAAUCUGCUGUCCAACGACGUGAGUAGGUUCGACAUAGUGUCUGUCCUCAUGCUCAUCAUGUGGUGCGCUCCAAUCUGCGGCUGCGUCUGCGCCUACUUCCUCUACGCCACUAUUGGGCCCUCGGCCUUCGUUGGAAUUGGCCUGGUGCUCGUCAUCGUACCUACACAAGCUUAUCUGGGCACGCUGCAAUCGAAAUACCGCAGUCAGACGGCGCUAAAAACGGACAAGAGAGUCCGUCUUACGGAUGAGAUCAUUUCUGGGAUGCAAGUGAUAAAGAUGUACGCCUGGGAGAAACCUUUCGCUAAGCUAAUUGAGCUGGCCAGGAAGCUCGAACUGAAAGUUAUCAUUAAGGCAUCCUACAUUCGUGGAAUUUAUAUGUCAUUCGGUCUGUGCACUACAAGACUCGCACUAUGCUGCUCGCUGAUUACAUUUGUUCUAAUAGGAAACGAUCUUACAGCAGACAAGGUGUUCGUUGUACUGACUUACUUCAACGUUUUGGCACAGACAAUGACCAUGAUUUUCGUUAGAGGCAUAGCUGAAGUAGCCGAGGCGCUCGUUUCAAUUGGGAGAAUCGAAAAAUUCCUGGGGAAUGACGAGAUCACUGACGAAAAAAAAUCCCGCAUGUUGUUGAGCGGACUGGACGACAAGCACGACAAAGAGGAGAAGGUUGAGGAGUUGGCGGUCGAGAUGGAGGGGGUGACGGCAAAGUGGGUGGAGAGCCUCAGCGACAACACGCUGGACGCCGUGGACCUGCGCGUGCGUCGCGGACAGCUGGUGGGCGUCGCGGGACCCGUCGGUGCCGGCAAGAGCUCUCUGCUGCAAGCUAUACUGGGAGAGCUUAUGGUGAGUGAGGGCAAAUGCAAGGCAUAUGGCAAACUGUCAUAUGCAUGUCAGGAUCCUUGGGUGUUCGCAGCCACGGUUCGCCAGAAUAUCCUGUUUGGACUGCCCUUCGACCGGUGGCGGUACCGAGAGGUCAUCCGGGCAUGUGCACUGCAGCGAGACCUGGACCUGCUGCCCCAGGGGGACCUCACUGUUGUGGGCGAGCGUGGAACCUCACUGUCUGGGGGGCAGAAGGCACGCGUCAACCUUGCCAGGGCUGUUUAUCGUGAUGCAGACAUAUAUCUUCUUGAUGAUCCACUGUCAGCAGUGGACACUCAUGUGGGAAAACAUCUCUUUGAGGAAUGCAUUGUAAAAUUUUUGCAAAAUAAAACACGAAUACUUGUGACACAUCAGAUUCAGAAUCUGCCUCACACAGAUCAUGUUGUGGUAAUUGAUGCUGGCAAAAUCCAAAUUCAAGGAUUAUAUAAUGAUAUUGUCCACAACCCAGAGUAUACAAUGAUACUGAGUCUGUCAAGAGACAAUGCAGAUAAUGAAGAUCAGUCUGAAGGGAAGAAACCAUCACAAACAGUUGGUAGGCAGCUUUCGAAGCUCUCCAGGCAAAUAUCCCGAACAUCAACAUAUAGUCUGUCUUCAUAUCAUGGAUCCCUGGUAGAUGAAGAGGAGGACGAAGAAGCACCAGACAUGAUAGAAGCUACAACCAAAGGAAAGGUGAAACAGUCACCAUACACUGGCUAUUUCAGGGCUGGAACCAACUACUUUGUUAUAUUUCUGAUAGCCAUACUCUUUGCUUUGGCUCAAGUACUUGCCAGUGGAGUUGAUUACUUUGUUUCUUACUGGACUACACAAGAAGAGGCUAGAGCAUUGUAUAGGGAAGAGAUGAACAGUUUUGUUAACAAAAUGAACAUUUCUGCCAGUGAUGAUGAGAUAACAAUUGAAAGUACUACAACAAGCCAGGCAAAUCAGUCAUUCAGCUUAUUGGAUUUUGUAACUUCUAAUAAUGAAACAAAUCCAGAAAGUCUACUGGAUGGAUUGUAUGAAACUGAAACUCUUAUUUACAUGUUUGUGGCAAUCACUGUAGGACUGGUUGUUAUUGCAUUCACACGUUCUCUAACUUUCUACAACAUUUGUAUGAAAUCAUCAAGAAAGCUUCAUGAUACAAUGUUCACUAAUUUGAUGAGAGCACCUAUGCGAUUUUUCAACACAAAUCCUUCAGGUCGUAUAUUAAAUAGGUUUUCAAAAGACAUGGGAGCAGUUGAUGAAAUUCUUCCAAAGGCUGUUAUGGAUGCAACUCAAAUCAUUAUGAGUGUGCUUGGAUCACUGGUCAUAGCAGUGGCUGUCAACUGGGUGUAUCUUAUCCCUAUUAUUGUUAUGGGCUUUAUCCUUUGGUUUGUGAGAAAAAUUUACCUGAGGUCUUCGAUGAACAUUAAGCGACUGGAAGGAAUGACUAAAAGUCCUGUAUUCACCCACCUUCUUGCAACUUUACAAGGACUGACUACUAUAAGAGCCUUUGGUGCUGAGAGUGUAUUGAGAGAAGAAUUUGACAAACAUCAGGAUUUACACACUUCAGCAUGGCAUAUGUAUUUAACGACAUCACAGACAUUUGGGUUCACCUUAGAUGUUAUGUCUACAGUUUACAUGGCAUUCAUUGCAUUCAGUUUCUUAUUUCUAGAAGAUCUCUUUGGUGGACAGAUGGGACUCGCGAUAACGCAAGCCAUGAGCCUUACUGGCAUGCUCCAAUAUGGCAUACGGCAGUCCGCAGAAGUGGCCAACCAGAUGAUGUCUGUGGAGCGUGUCAUGGAAUACCUUGGCUUGGAAGAAGAACCGCUGCUUGAGGCGCCUCCAGACAAGAAAACACCUAAAGAGUGGCCAUCAGAAGGAGAAAUAGAUUUCCGACACGUCUACAUGAAAUACGGGCCUCAGUCUGACUACGUCAUUGUAGACUUGAAUCUGAAAAUUAAACCCAGGGAGAAGGUGGGCGUGGUGGGACGCACGGGGGCCGGCAAGUCGUCGCUGAUCUCGGCGCUCUUCAGGCUGGCGUUCGUGGAGGGCGAGCUGAUGAUCGACGGCCUGGACACAGCCAAGGUCGGCCUGCGGGACCUGCGAGCUCGCCUCUCCAUCAUCCCGCAGGACCCCGUGCUGUUCGCCGGCACGCUGCGCUUCAACCUGGACCCCUUCGACGAAUUUCCUGACGAAGUCCUCUGGAGGACUCUUGACGAGGUGGAGCUGCGCGAGUCGCUGCACGACAGCCUGGGUCUGCAGACGCGCGUGCUGGACCAGGGCAGCAACUUCAGCGUGGGCCAGCGCCAGCUGGUGUGCCUGGCGCGCGCCAUCCUGCGCGACAACCGCAUCCUCAUGCUGGACGAGGCGACGGCCAACGUCGACAACAACACUGAUUCGUUGAUUCAGAAGACCAUUCGUCUCAAGUUUGCGCACUGUACGGUACUGACAGUGGCACAUCGUCUGAACACCAUAAUUGAUUCCGACAAGGUGCUUGUAAUGGAUGCUGGUCGCAUGGUGGAAUUUGACCAUCCUCACGUGCUGUUGCAAAACGAGGAGGGAUACUUUUACAAGAUGGUGCAGCAAACCGGCCCAUCCAUGGCAGAGCAAUUGAGAAGAGCCGCUGAAGAGUGUUACAAUACUACAACUCGUCUGUAGAGAAGACGAAGAGCAACGUGCCUGAGAUACUACUUCCAUGGGCAUUUAAUUGAUUUAGUGUACUAAGAAACGCUGAAAAACAAAUGGAACCUGCAAACAUUGUACAAAUGCACAAUUUUGUAUGUAUUUAUUUAUAAUUUCGACAGUCUUCAGUAAAUAAAAGCACUUCUCAGUGCAGAUGCCGCA